GGUGGGGGCAGCGCGCGGGGGUGGAGGCACCGCGCAGUUCUCGCGUCGUUUGGUUUGCGAGUCGCGGGUGCGCGCGUGGGAGCGGGGGCUGCGCUGCGGGGGCUGCCGGGAGCGCGAUCGGGCUCGGGGCUGAGGCAGCGGCGACGCUCGCAUCUCCACCUUGCUGAGACGCUGGUCGCUGCUUUCUUUACAGCAAGGAAAAUCUGAAUUCCUCCGACAGUCGGGAUGGGGAAAGAUUACUAUUCCAUCCUGGGAAUUGAAAAAGGGGCUUCUGACGAGGAUAUCAAAAAGGCUUACAGAAAACAAGCGCUGAAAUGGCAUCCAGAUAAGAGCAAAUCUCCUCAUGCAGAAGAAAAAUUCAAAGAGGUUGCAGAAGCUUAUGAAGUGCUGAGUGAUCCCAAAAAGAGAGACAUUUAUGAUCAGUUUGGGGAGGAAGGUCUUAAAGGUGGAGCUGGAGGAUCUGAUGGCCAGGGUGGUACCUUCCGGUAUUCCUUCCAUGGCGACCCACAUGCUACAUUUGCAGCUUUCUUUGGUGGCACAAAUCCUUUUGAAAUCUUCUUUGGGAGGAGGAUGCCAGGUGGCAGAGACAGCGAAGACAUGGAGGUGGAUGGUGAUCCGUUUGGAUCCUUCACUAGUUUUAGUAUGAAUGGUUUUCCAAGGGAAAGGAAUACGGUCGGCAGCCAAGUACGUCGUAAACAAGAUCCCCCUGUAAUCCAUGAACUUAAAGUGUCACUGGAAGAGAUCUAUCAUGGCUGCACAAAAAGAAUGAGGAUUUCACGUAAAAGGCUUAACCCAGAUGGCAGAAGUGUCCGAACAGAGGACAAAAUUCUUACUAUCGAGAUAAAAAGAGGAUGGAAAGAAGGCACCAAGAUCACUUUUCCGAAGGAGGGCGAUGAAACACCCAACACAAUUCCAGCUGAUAUUGUUUUCAUCAUUAAAGAUAAACCUCACACUCAUUUCAAAAGAGAGGGAUCAAAUAUUAUCUAUCCUGUUAAGGUCAGCUUGAGGGAGGCUUUGUGUGGCAGCUCUUUCAAUGUGCCAACAAUAGAAGGAAGAACCAUUCCCAUGACAGUCAAUGAAGUGGUAAAGCCUGGGAUGAGAAGAAGAAUUAUAGGAUAUGGUUUGCCAUUUCCCAAAAAUCCUGACCAGCGUGGAGACUUAAUUAUAGAGUUUGAAGUAAUUUUCCCAGAUAACAUUUCUCCAGCAUCAAAAGAAGUACUUAGGCGAAAUCUUCCAGUUUCAUAAAAUGGAAGACUGUGUAUGUCAACAGAUUAAAAUAGGACACUGGAAAUGCAGAGGACUGGCGAGUCUGUGCUUUAAAAGUGCAAUCUGUAACAUCUAGUGGAAUCUUUUGUUUUUUGUUUUGUGGGAUGGGUGGGGGGAAAAUACUGUAAUGCUGCAUGAGAAGAAAAGGGUGUAAGUAGAAGUCAUACAGGUGAAUUCUGCAGUAAAAAUUACAGGGGAAACUACUCAUUUUGUUUUACAUCUUCCUAAUCAGCAGUGUAGUCAUUAUUUUGCUUAAUAUAAUUACAAUAAUUUUUUUACAAGUCUGUGCAUAUUUCUGAUACAGUACUUGAGCCUCCAAGUACAUUAUUUCUUAUAUCCUCACUGUCUAUAACAUUACACAUUUAUACAGAAAUUUGGGAUCGUAGUAGAAAUACACAAAGUUAUAAAUACUUUAAAGAGCAAAACAUGAGAGACAUCAUAUCAGUAUGUUGCCUUCCACUGCACAAAGCAUAGGCCAGAAAAAUCAGCUUGGACUCCUGAACAGACCCCCCUGUGCAAUGAAAGCCUUCUCUUUAUUGCCCCCGGAAAUGCCAGGACUGCAUUGUGAGUGUGGCAAAGGGCAUGUUCCCUGAGAAGCCAGAGUAGCCACUUGCUGUGGGAUAGUUUCUCAGCCUUCAGGCAGAACACCAAGAAGGGAUUCUUCGAGGACAUGAACAGCAAAGAGUGAACCUGCUGUCAAAUGGAGCAGGGAGUGGCGACCAAUGACAUGGAGAAGGCUGAGGCACUCUGUGCUGCCUUUGCAUCAAUCACUACCAGUAAAACAAGCACGCAGGAAUUCCAGGCCCCUGAGACUAGAGAGGAAAUCCAGAACCUUGAUGCUGGAGGACUGGGUUAGGGUGCACUUCACCUGAAAGCUGUGAGCCUGACAGAUUGCACCCAAGUGUUGAGGGAGCUGGCUAAUGCUGUUGCAGGGCCUGUUUAUCUUUGAAGGGCCAGGGAGAUUGAGAGGUGUUCCAGUAGGCUGGGAAAGAGAAAAUACCACUUUCCAAGAAAACCAAGAAGGAAGAUUUGGGAAUCUACAGGUUAAUCAGCUUCACUGAAGCCCUUGGUAAUGUGAUGGGAAAGAAUCCUCCUGGAAAGCAUUUCUAAAAGGUGGUUGGGGUAGUCAACAUAGAUGUACAGCAGGGAAAUCUUCCUUGACCAAUCUUACUGCCAUCCACAGUGAGCUUUGGGGAUGUUGGGAGAACAGUCUGUGUUGUUUACCUUUUACAUCAGUAGAUAGACUGAUGAAGUACAGGUUAGAUAAGUGGGAAGUGAGGUGGAUUAAAAGCUGGCUGAAUGAGGGGGGCACAGGGGUUUGAUCAGUGGCACAAAGUCCAGAUGGAGGCAAGGCAAUAGUGGCUCAGUACUGGGGCCAAUACUUGUCAGCAUCAUUAAUGACCUGAAUUAUGGGAUGGAGUUUACAAUCAUAUAAACUGGGAAGAGUAGCUGGUGCCACCAGCUGAUGUACUGCUUUUCAAAGAGGCCUCAACAGCCUGGAGAACUGGACAGAGGAUUCUCAUGAAGUUCAGUAAGGGGGAAAAGCAAGGUCUUGCUCUGUUGGGGAGUAACCAGCAAAUUGUCAAUAAAGUGACUGAGCUGGCAGUGCAACCUUAUGGCAGCAGAGGCCAAAGCUUUGCUAUCAGGUCAGGGGAGAUGAUCUUCCUUGUAACUCUCAGCUCUGAUGAGGAUCCAUCUGGAGUACUGGACUCCCUGGAUAUAAACUUAGUGGAGCACUCUAGCACAGGACCAUGUAUGAGAAGCUGGUAGAGUUGGAACUUGCUGGCACGGGGAAGAAAAGGCCUGGGGGAGAUCUUGGCACCUGGCAGGAGGGAAUGAAGACGGAGGAGCCAGGCUCUUCUCAGUAGUUUUCAGUGACAGGACUAAACGGGCGCAAGUUAGUUAGGGAUUCCAUCUGAACACCGGGAAACAGCUUUUUACUGAUAGGCUGGUCAAACACUGGAACAGGUUUCCUGGAGAGUUUCAGGCGUUGCUGUCUCUGACUCAUAACCUCAUUGCCUGACUGGACAUUGUGCAGAGCAACCUGCUUCAGCUGACCAUAUGUGAGCAGGGGUGUUGAACUACAUGAUGCCAAGAGGUUUCUUGCAAGCAAAAUGUUUCUGUGGACUUGGACUUUGCAUUUUUUGCUGUGGGCCGUGUUCUGUAAAUGAGGCUUAGCCCAAAGAUGGUGGUGCUCAUGUGACAGCUCCCUAGGGAGCAGGUCUCUGCCAGGGUGGAAAGAUGCACAAAGAACCCUGUAAAAGCAUUUGGAUAGGGCAGGUGUUUAAAGAUCAUGCUGAUCUCAAGUAUUCAUUAUUUUCAAAGGUCAGACUUCACUCCCAUGAAGGAGGAAGAGCUAGGUCCCACCUAAAGCAAAGUUUGCUUAAGAGUCAGUGUGGGAUAGAGGUUGCCCAGAAACUGUCAUAUGCUUGAAUUGAGUUAUUUUUUAAAAAUUCAAAUAUGAAUUCGUUGUCUUUGAGGCUAAAAAGUGCAGAGAGAGAUGGAGAGCCCUCUGUAAUAGUCUAGUUUUAUAAUACAGUAAUAGGGCUGGUUCCCUUGGUUGCAGCAUGGUAUUGGUGAAAGAAAUGCCUUGUGGGCAUGCUUUAUUACUUGAGUUUAAAACCAUAAUACAGUGCUUUAACAACACUUUCAAAGGGUUUGGGUUUUUUUUGUUGUUGUUUUUCAUAAGAAAAUAUUUCAAGAUUUGCUGUCUGCCUUUUGCCUGUGGAAAUUUAGAGGUUACCUGCUCUAUUAGGUAGCCUAAGAAAAAGCGUUAUAUAUAUGACUCUGCAGGAAAUCAUACAGGAGUUGGGAUUUAAUUUACGAUAAUUUUUAAUGGGUAUAAGAAAAAUCCCAUUUCUUAAAAAUAGGAUUUAUGUGGGGUAUUGCUCAAAGUCAAUUUAACUGCAGAUCUCUUCAUGCAGUAUCAGUUAGUUGUAGUCCUAAAUCUACAGGAAGUAAACAAUUGCUGGAGCAGUAUUACAAAGAGAAAAAAAUUGCUGCUUAGUGCUUCUGCAUAUUGUUAAUACUAUAUAUUGUUUGUUGAAAAAUUUCCAUUUCAGUAUGUUCCAUAUUGCAUUUCUUAUAUGUGGUUUUUAAGUAAAAAGUGUAAAGUUGGUUUUUAACUUUCUCUUAUAUUUUGUUAUGAUGGCAAAUGCUACAAGCUACACAACUUUAAAGCAUAUCAACCUAAAAUACCUAUUUGUCAGUUUAAAGCUAAUGGAAUCAAGCAUUUUGUAAUCCAGAAUCUUGUAACCAUAUCCAACUUGUAAAAAAAAAAAAAAAAGUUACAGCAACUAGGACUAUGAUUUUGUAACCAUCUUCAGGUAAGAGGAAUAGUGUUAAAUUGAGGAAUUGCAGUAUCUUGUGUAUUUAGAGGUGUACAUAUAUAUAUAUGUGUAUAGCAAACUAAACUUUUCCAACUGUUUUCAUGCUCAAAAUAUAAAACUUAUAGAACUGGUAUGAAAUAAAUGCUUGUAUUUCUUUUCUUAUGGAGAGGUAGCAAAGUAUAUGUUUCAGAAACCAGCAUGUAGACUUACUUCAAAAUAUGAGAGGAAGCAUUAAUAUCUGUCUAAUCCAGGAUUCACAAAAAAUAUUUUUCUAAUCAAAAAUGUGCUUAAAAGCUAUGUUUUAAAACCCACUUGGUUAUUUAAUAAAGCUACUUGGGAAAAGGAAGCAAAUACUCCGUCAACUACUAUAUUUGUAACUACUGAAAAACAUGAAAAUAAAAUGGUCAUUCAUGAAAUUGG